GCACCUUGCAGUUUUUGUGGACGCGCAGAGGAGCUCACAACUAAUCAUCGAGGAUUCCAGCGUCAAGAAGAUUGUUGCUCGCAAAGCCAAAAUCCAGAAAUCAACUCUAAUAUGCAUCGAAAACAGCAAGAACGCUUUGCUACAAUCUUGGCCAUUUUUCUGCUACUCUGGGACACAACUGACGCCCAGCUGCAGGUACAGGCACAAAGUGGCUACAAAUAUGUGCAUCCCGAACUGGAAACUGGAGAACUGGUGGGUGGUGUUAUUGCAGCAGAUCGUCAUUCGCCAACCACGUACUCUACUGGCAGCUCCAUAGCACUGAGUCCAAGUUCAAACCCACCACCGAGAGCAACUGCCGCGACAGCUUACGGUACUGGUCUGUUUUCUUCCCCCCCCGUUGGCUUCAUGGCUAGUGAACAAGCAACAACCGCUUUUGGAGCACCAGCUGUCGUCGAUGCCCGUCGAUCUACUGGUACAGGAAUAACCGCUCGCAGUGGUCCUUAUGGUCCGCAGACCCAAACGCAGACUCAAUACGGCAGCAUUGCCGGCUCAGCAGUUAGUCCAGCAACGCGGCAAUCUGAUUUUGUCAAUGUUUACAGCGAUGAGAGCAUUGCCGAUUACUCGGCCAUACCAGGUGAACCAGGUGUAGAUUAUCCUGUGUAUGCUCGAAUGCCCCGCACCAACUUCGAAUGCGCUCAGCAAACGCUACCCGGUUAUUACGCAGACAUUGAGGCACAGUGUCAGGUCUUUCACAUAUGUGCGCUUAAUCGGACGUAUUCGUUUCUAUGCCCCAAUGGCACCGUAUUUAGCCAAGAGACGCUCGUCUGUGUCUGGUGGAACCAAUAUGACUGCACCUCUGCGCCCAGUCUCUAUGCCAAUAAUGCCUACAUCUAUGACUACAGUACAGGGACAGGCGCUCUUAAUUCUGCUCCACCGAACGCCCCUAACAACGACGUGUAUCGCUCAAAUGCAACGCCACAAAUUGUAACGGCGUAUGGUGCGGUGGCUCCCUCGUCCUCGACUGGCGCACUACGAGUAACCAACCCGCCUGCUCAAGUGCCAGGCUACCAUGCAGCUCAUGGUUCAUAUGUCACAGUGCCUCCCACAAAGAGCCAAACGCAAUCACUUUAUGGAAGCCCCUCUGGCAUCGCGCUGAACGUAGCUACAGCACCGAGCCAAGCUAUUAAUAGAAUUCAUUCCACUGCGGCCGCUGGUGUGCCAGCACUAUUAUCUGGUUUGGUGCUCGAGCCUUCCAACAACUAUGGCAAACAACCUCAACAUCAAGUGUUGAGAAAUCGAGAGUACCUGCCGCCAGCUGGCGUUAGUCACCACCAAAAGCGCAGUAUUCCAGCUUAAUUGGCUAAACGACAACACGGCUAAAACUUAAAGCUUAAUUUACACCUGGGAGCUCCUAUCAACCACAUUCUGUUUAACCUACUUCAUUUUGUAUUUAUUUUCAAACACACUAUGUAUCCUCUUGAGAAAUAAACUUGCAUUU